AUGUCAUCUGGAUUAAAAGUCCAACAAUCAAUUUAUUUGCAUAGCAUUCCUAGUAGUCCUUCUGAGAUCAGUUGCCCACCUCACGCUUUUUUGAAAUGUCACGAUUACUCAAAUAUACCGCCGCACUCUUCUCCACGCUCCCUGCAACCCUCGGACAGACCUACACCGAUUGAAGUCCUCGGAAGCUACACAACCCAACUCAAAACCGACUACUUCGGCGAAGGCGACUCAUCCACCUCCAACCGCUGGUCCUGGGAGCCCAUCGAUGACCCCCAAUCCAAGUUUCACAACUACACCCUAUCUUGGACAACCGCGGCCCUGACGUGGAGCAUCGAAGGCACGCCCACAGGUUUCACGAAAAAGACUACUGAUAUCCGAGGUGGAACCAAGCAACAAGCUUGGACCAGCGAGAUGCGUGAUAUGCCACGUGACCCUGCGGCCGGGCGCACGAUGUAUUGA